UAAAUAUACUCAGGUAGCAAAAGUACUUUUGACGUCAUUUUGAUCUAAUUUGACAUCGAAAUAACGUUAAACUACUUUUGCUACCUGGAUAUAUACCUGGGUAACUACGGAAUGUGUAAAGCUUUUUUUCAGGUAUAAGGGACAAGUCAUUAAAGAUUAAAAAAUCUAAUGCAACGGGUAUAUAUAAGGACAGAACGCAAAUGUUCUUGAGUCAGUUCCGAAUUCUUGCCGAGCGAAAUUACUCCAUCUUCCGAGAUUUGAAAAAGUGAUAUUACUACUAAUAAGACAGAGUGAGCUUGAGAUAUCUUUGAAAUUUUUAAAGGUUUUCAUUUUAAAAUGAUGAAUUCUGCUGUGAUUAUUUUGACUUUGAUUAGUAUCGCGUAUGCAAGAACAAUGGCACCAUUAUAUCUUAAGAACAUGGAAGUGCCAAAAGAGCAAUCGGCAAACGAACAAUUAACUGUCAAUGGUUCGGUUCAAUUUUCCGCACAAAAUAAUAAUCCUCCACCGUCUUCGCAUCUCUAUCCAACUUAUCCGGAAUACUCGAACAACAAAAAUGGAAUUUCAUUGCGUACCGAACUUGAGAGCUACAUUAUCCCGACAGAGACAGCUGUACAGAAAACUUCCGAAUGGUCCUACGAAAAUAUUGCUUCAAGUUUAAUACCUUUCGUCACCAGUCUGAUUCUCUAUGCUACUCGCGCUGGCACCUUUGUGCUACGAUUUUUGAUGGUCGUUCUUGUGGCUGUUGCUUCUACUAGUUUGAUUUGCAUACACACGUCAAUUUGCAACAUCAGUUUCCCGGGCAAAACCGAGGUAAAGAAAUUAGCCCGCACAUAUGUUACGCCGGAAAACUUGGACCUCUUCACCAUGAUGAUAACCAAAGCGCUCGAUAAGUACAGCUCUAUGCAAUAUAAUAUAGAUGAAGAUGAUAACAAGCAAGAUAAAAAAUCAAACAAGAUAAACAAACAAGAUAAAAAUCAGGAACAAUAUGCAAAAGAGUUAUCCGACAAUACAAAGAUUCAGUGAUAUUAUUUUAUACAUUUUUAUGCAUGGAUUUUUUUUGUUAAAUAUCGCUUACAAAAUAUUUAACAUCUAUGAAAUUCGUUUGUCAUCAUAUUUUGCAUAUAUAUUUUAUACUAUUAUAUCUGUUUUUAUAUAUUUAGCUUUUUCUACUAAUAAAAUUUUACGUAUCUGGAGAUAAUCUGUUGAUGUCUAUACACAAAACGUUUCAAUAUAAAUGAUAGAGUAUCUUCGUAAAACUUAUUGGUUUACGUCUUUAUAGAUAAUAUCAUUAUAAAAAAUCCCUGUUAUUCCCAUGUUCUGCAUUCGAUGAUAUUUGCAAAGUAUGAUAUCAUUCAAUUAUUGGAAUUUUUUAUUUAAUUUAAAAACCGCAAUUGUUUAAAACGUCUUCCAUGAACUCAAUGCCGGAUUUUAUCAAAUACAAAUCUCUCUGUUA